UAGGUGGCAGUAUUCCAAAGUCAUAGUUACUUACAUACAAGUAUCAUUAAAAAUGGCAUUCAAGGCUGUGGUCUUCUGCGUGUUUGCAGUUUUGGUUCAGCAGUCUCUAGCUGGGCCGUAUUACCUACCAAAAUCAUCAAACUGCGGCUGUAGCUCUGAUAAAGUGAUUGUCAAAGAAAUCGAAGAAAUAUCAUACAAACCCAUCAAAAGCUACUCUAGCAAUUGCGUAUCUAUUGAUAUCCCGAACAAUGGAGGGGCCCUGGCUAUUACCAGCAUCGGCCCCGUUACUCCCUCCGGCAUCGCCGUCGCCACGGACCUGGGCCUGGCUGGAGACUUGGUACUCUCCGGCGAGCUGCCGUACCUGAGCGCGGUGGCGUUCGAGGGCAAGUUCGACACCAGUGGCGCCGUGCCGGUGGCGUACGGCUGUGGGGACUGCGUCGCCAUCACGCAGGAGCUCGGCAACCCGAGCGGCGUCAACGCCAACAUCAACUCGGGCUCGUCCAAGAUCAUCAGCUGCGGUUGCGGUUACUAAAUAAACAUU